UGUAGGUCACGUCGUGGUUGGGUUGUCGAUUGUUGCCCAGGUUACGUGUCAAGGAGCUAAAAACCGUCGGCCCUGGCUAAUUAAGGGCCAAUGUUCAUAUCCUCUCAAAAUCAAUGGUGAAAAGUCAAGUGUCAAAGUGCCCAAGCGAAUCAAAGUUCGGCUGACCAUAGCUUUAGCUUGAUUCUAAAAAUGCCCUCCACUAUCAAGAAAGUGCAUCAGCAAAUUACAAUUUAAGUCUGGCCGAUUGCCAGCAAAAACGGAAACCAACGGAGCGAUACGAACAGCCAGAACAACCACAACGACGGCAAUGUCGAGUGGCAGCCUGCUGGACGCCCUCUGCAGUGGCGGUGGGGCCCGCCUGGCCCUGGGUACCUCCAUCGUCUCCUAUUUAAUUGUCUACAAUGAGGCCUCUGCAACGAGUAUGCUCUUUGGCGUCUGGCUGGCGACUCUUUAUGGGAUAUUUUCACUCGUCAUUAAGACGAGUCUGAGGAGCCUACAAAUGCCUUAUGUUCGGGCCACCAACAAAUUUGACCAUGGCAGCCUUUUUCUGGCCAUCUGGCUGGAUGCCUUGGCGGCCAUGUGUGCCUGCGCAGCGCUGGCAAGGACACUGAGUGCCUGUCUGGAUGCCAUGACUGGAGGCUUGGCCAGGAUACUCAUUUUGGGCCGGAAUGCACCUGCGAACGAGCCCUGGCCGGAUGUCCUAGGUGUUUCCGUUGUUUUUCUAGUCACUGGAAUGUUCAUGCUUGGUCUGGUGCACUCCAAGGCCUUCAGCCUCAUCCUGACACUUGGGAUGUUUGGCUUGAAUGCAAUCCUCAGUGCCGUUGGCUGGUGGCGUGGUGAUUUGUUGGCCUGGUCGACGGAUAGCUACUUUCAGCCCGAUGGCGUUAGCAGUGUUUUUCUGUCCGCUGCCCUGCUAACGUAUACGUUUCCCAGCGAUUGGCCGCAACAGCAUCGGAGUGGACGGUAUACGUCCAGCUUGAUCACAGCUCUGGUCAGUGUUUCCCUACUCCUGACAGCCGUAUGUCUAUCCACAGUGGUGCACUUUAAAGCACGUGAGGAGUACGUGGCUGUGCCUCUGUUUAACAUCCUCGAUGAGAGUGGCUUCCAUAAGCUGGUGCCUGCCUCCGCCUGCAUGCUCCUCCUCACCAGUUCGGCUGCCUUUCUGGAACUCUUCCCAGAGCUAUAUGGGAUUGUGGUGCGUCUGGCCACCUCCGAGUGGCGCAUACUCUCCAAGCAAAUCAGCUACGAGAGCUCGGAGAGUGGCAAUCCCGUGCUGGCUGUUUUUAUUGCCGGAAGCCUGUGCGCCAUGCUGGCCUUUGCCUGUCCCCUGCAGCAUCUCAGCUAUACCCUGGCCGCCAGCCACAUUGGUGCUGGAUUCCUGCGUGCCUUCUAUCUGCUGUACACCCCCUACAGGCCCAAGUUCAUGCAUCCCAGCAGCGAGUCCUCACUGUCGUACAGUCGCCUCUCCACGGCGCCCAUUGCCAAGAGCAGCAGCUGCAGCAGUGCGGCCACCUCCAGCUCGAGUCGCCUCAAACGCAGUCUGUGGAACAUCAGUCUGGCCAAGCACAGCGGCCUGAAAAAGCCCAAGACGAAGCCAAGGAAUAAACAGGAAGUGGAGAAGGAGUGGUUACUCCUUGGGGAGCCAACAUCGCCAUGUCCGCAGCGGGAGGGCAGGGAUGUGGAGUCCACCAUUCUUUCGGAUGGAGAACCACCGCCAUCGGACUUUGAAUACCCCGACAAGUUCGACAAAAGCGAUUCGGAUACCUCAACGGAUAUUGAUGCCAUUGUGGAUGAAUAUCGGGAGAAGAUUAAGGUAACCACAGCAGGACCCUUGGAACGCAGCGUUCGUGUGCCCACUGUCAGCUCGUGGCGGGUGACCAUCUUCGCUUUGGUGGUCAUUGCCUUGGGGAUUGCUCUGUGUGUGGCAGGACUCCAGAUGCACUGGCCACCAGCGGCCUUUACCGGAGCCAUUGGGGUGUUAAUUGUGGCCAUAAUAAUGGGCUUUAUACCCAAGUACACGGGCAGUGUGAUCAAUGUGAGUCCCGUGCUCUGCGGCAUGUCGCUGCUGCUGGGUGUUAUACUGUUCAGCGGCUGUGCGGUUCAUUCCUGGCCUGGUCUGGUCAUCUGGCUGGUGGCUGGACUUAUAAUGGUGGUGCGAUGCGAUAGGUUUUGCUGCAAUUGCUUCGAGCACACGUCCAUGAUGAAUGCCCAGCUGAUUCCUAGUGUUUCGGGCAAGACCACGGCAUCGAGUGCAUCCGGCUCGAGUGGUGGACCGGGACCAUCGACCAGUAUUCGGAUACCCAGGCCUCCCAAGGGUGUGGGGGUGGUCAGUCUGCCGCAACGCAUCAAUGGCCAUAGAUGACAGUCGGAGUCGUCGGAGGGCGAGGACUUGUUCCACGAGGAUUUCAAUGUCCGCGACUUCGACGAGGAGGAUGGCGAUGCUGGCGAGGAUUGUUGGACUGAUUAGCCUCCCAGCCUCCUUCGAUAUUUCGAUGGAAUAUAUAUACUAAUAUAAAAUGCUUUGAGGAUCUCCGAGAUGAUCUUCAAGCUGCGAGCCAUAAUGCCUGACUUUUCUAGCUAGAUCGAUUCAAUGUCAAAAUCUACUUACAGUAUAUGUCUUAGUUAGGCAACUCUCUUUACAAAUAAAAUGCAAUUUUCAACUACCUUCA